AUGGCCUCACCGGGUGACACAUUGAAAAAUAGUCUAUUUGGUCAACUUAAAUCAUAUAGUAAUGCUGUUCACGAUGCUUUUGAACAACGUAUUGCACGUCCGUUACUAGCAUUUAAACGUGAUUUAAGUCGUCCAACUUCUGAAUGUCGUGUUCCAAAUGAUCACGAAUCAACAUUAUUAUCAUCAAAUCGUAUACAUCAAGAAUCGUCGUCAUCAUCAUCACCACUUGAAAUAAUCGAUAUUGAUACAAGUAAUUCAUUUAAAUCUUUAUUUGAUAAAGUGAAAAAUUCUUUAUCACCAUCAACAAAACGACGAGCACCAGAAAAUCCAACAAAUGUUGAAAAAAAAAAUUCAUUAAAAGAAAAUGAAAACUUAUCUGUAAAUAUUUCAUCAAAUAGACAAUCUCGAAAACAUCGUUUACGUCAAAAAAGUGUUUCAUUUGCUGAAAAUAUUGAAACUGAUAAUGAUAGUGAUAGUGAUAGUUAUACUCAAUAUUCAAUUGAUGAUCGAAAUGAAAUUGUUCGAAAUGCUCAUGUACUUGCUGAUAAAAUAUUAACGGCAAGUAUUGAUGCAACAGCAGCAACUAAACUAGCAUCAACAGAUAAAUUAUCAUAUAAAGAUGAUGAUGAUGAUGAUUUUGAACAAGAUUUUCAUGAAACAAUAAAACCACGACGUAUUUCAAUAAAUAAUAUGGAAGACUUAGUUUAUCAAGAUUUAUCAGCUGAAAUUGUUGCUUAUGUUUUAAAACAUGCUUUACGAACAUUAAAAAAAGAACAAGAUGAAUCAAUAAAACACCAAUUAAUUAUCAGUCAGAAUGAACAAGAUGAAGAUUUUAUUGAUUUAAAAUAG